UAGCUAGGAAUCCCACAAGAAUCCACUUCCACAAAAAAAGGCUGAUGAGGUAAGAAUGGCUAGUUGCUACUAAGUACAAAGCAGUUGGUGGCAUUAUGCCCAAUUUGGGAUUGCCCCCUCCAGUGUCCAAAGCAGAUAGCUUAUCUAUUUUGAGUAUAAGUAUGAAUUAAGAAAAGAAAGUUCACUCAAACACUUGGUGUCUGCUAUCCAACCUCUCCAUAGUAGUUUCUCCAUCAUCCUCAUCAAGUCAUUGUCAUCUUAUUGUCAUCACAAGAUAAUGAAUUCCUAGUUCUUGGAUAUAUAUCCUAGUAUUAAUUGUGCUUCACUGCUUCGCAUUCCACUAACAAGAGUAAAAACUUCAGAGAAUAAUAAGAAACCAUGGAAGUAGUAGAAGAUGUUGUGAUUGUGGGAGCUGGAAUUUCUGGCCUUACAACCUCCUUGGGACUUCACAGGCUGGGCAUUAGAAGCUUAGUGCUGGAAUCAUUUGAUAGUUUGAGGAUAACAGGGUUUGGAUUGUCAUUAUGGACAAAUGCAUGGAGGGCUUUAGAUGCCAUUGGUAUUGGCGAUUGUCUUCGGCAGCAACAUGUGACUCUUCUCGGGAGUGUGCUUUUCUCAAGAAUUUCGGGGCUUCAGAUGUCUGAGAGGUCAUACAGGGACAAAGGAAAACAAGGAGACCAAGAAGUUCGAUGUGUGAAAAGGAAUUUGUUGUUGGAAGCCCUUGCAAGUGAACUCCCCAGCGGUACCAUUAGGUUCUCAUCGAAGGUUGUUUCCAUUGAGGAAUCAGGGUACCUUAAGCUUGUGCACCUUGCAGAUGGAACCAUCCUCAAAGCCAAGGUUUUGGUUGGGUGUGAUGGAGUGAACUCAGUGGUGGCAAAAUGGCUGGGCUUCAAGAAGCCAGUCUUUUCAGAGAGAUCCGUGGUUAGAGGUUGUGCUAACUUCAAGAGCAGUCAUGGUUUUGAACCCAUUACCAUGCAGCACUUUGGCAAUGGUGUUAGAUCUGGUGCUGCUCCUUGUGAUGAUAAAAGUGUUUAUUGGUUCUUUGGCUGGUCUCCCUCCAGCCAAGAGAAAGAGCUAGAGAAGAACCCUGCUCAGUUGAAAAAAUAUAUCUUACCCAAGCUCGGAAAGGUACAAGAUGAAAUAAGGGCUGUUAUAGAAAACACUGAAUUGGAUGCUUUUGUAUCCUCUCCAGUGAGAUAUAGGCACCCUUGGGAACUGCUUUGGGGAAAUAUUAGCAAAGGUGGUGUAUGUGUUGCUGGAGACGCACUCCACCCCAUGACCCCAGACAUCGGCCAAGGUGGUUGUGCUGCAUUAGAAGACGGUGUUGUAUUAGCAAGAUGUCUCGGUGAGGCUUUGUUGAAGAACUGGAGGCAAGAAAUUAGAGAUAAAGAUGAAGAACGAAAAGAGGAAUGUAAGAGGAUUGAAAUGGGGUUGAGGAAUUAUGCCAGUGAGAGGAAAUGGAGAAGCAUUGAUCUGAUUAUUACAUCUUAUGUGUUUUAUUUAAUACAGGAGAUUGAUGGAAAAAUAAUUUCUUUCUUGAGGAACAAGUUUUUUUCUCCAAUCCUACCCUGGUUGCUGUUGAAGAAGGCUGAUUUUGAUUGUGGGAAGCUGAAAAGCCCUUAA